AACAAUUAUGGCCGUCCAGAUGAAAUAAUUGCCGCCGAAACAUUAGCCAAUCAUAUACGCUGCAACAACUCCUUUGUUCAAGCCGUAUUCCAAGCACAAUUUCGUUCAUCUCUCACCUGUCCGCGAUGUAAAAAACAAUCGAAUACAUUCGAUCCAUUCCAUUGCAUAUCGGUACAACUGCCACAGCUGACACAGCAGACAAUCUUUGCCACCGUUGUCUAUCUGCAAAAGCAGCCAAGGCAAAUGCGUAUGGGUCUAACCGUUACUGCCGGUUCACCAAUUGUGGCCUUAAGGGAACAACUGCAUAAAGAUACGGGAAUACGAACGGAACAAAUGGUCUUGGUCGAUUUGCAAAAGGAGGGAUUUAUGCGCGUGUUUUAUGAUUCACAGCCGGUUAACACCUUGGAUGGUAAUGAGACAAUUUAUUGUAUAGAGGUGCCAUUGGAAAAGGAGGAAAUAACCAAUAAAAGCAAUAAUGAGGCAACAACAAAUACCAAUGCUCCUGGUGUUGGUGGCAAUUCUACAACGACAACCUCAACAACAACAACUGCCAAUAAUCCACAAUCAGCAAAUCUGUUGGUGUUGGUGGCAAAUGUCAAGAAAACCAAGUUGAAAAAUGAAGACUCCUCAAAGGAGGAUGUGGUUAGCUUGGAACGUUUUGGUGCUCCAUUUUGUUUACAAAUACCACGUGAUUGUUCAUAUGCCGAAUUGCAGAAGAAGCUAUUGAAGGAAAUGGCAGCCAUUUUAAAACCCGAAGUAUUUUCCUAUUCAACACCCUUGAAAGAAAUGUUUCAAAUACGUUUACAAGAUCCUUCGGCAGAUCCUGACACCUUUAUUGAGCAGGUUGAACAUCCCCUACUAACGGAAAUGAUUGAUUUGGCUUUGUCCGUGUUAUCAGCUGAAGCUGGUCCACCACAUAUAAAAUUACUACUUGAGUGGCCAGAACCAGAGGCUUAUUUUUCCGACCUCUCUGAUCAUGUGGUGGAACAUGAAAGUGUACCCCGCCUAUUGGCGAAUAAAACAAAUGACACCGCCACCCUAACUUUGGAACAAUGUCUGGAACAUUAUACCAAAGCUGAAACAUUGAGUGCUGAAGAUGCCUGGCGUUGUCCCCAUUGCCAGGAAUAUUUACCGGUUGUGAAGACAUUAGGUUUAUGGUCAUUACCUGAUAUUUUAGUUGUACAUUUCAAACGCUUCCGCCAACAUCAUGGCAAGGGCCAAAAUGCCGCCAAGCUAACCACAAUGGUUAAGUUUCCAUUGCAUUCCUUUGAUAUGUCACCACAUUUAGCCAAAGAGGUGCAUGAAACCACAGCCGCAACAUUAUCGGCAAGUUCAGCUGCACAACAGCAUCAAACCCGUCCAAGUCCUUGGCGUAAAUCAAAGCCGGGAGAUUCACGGUCUUCCACAUUGAGUUCUCGUGAUAAUCGUGAAACUCGUUAUGACCUCUAUGCCGUCUGUUAUCAUCAGGGUGAUACACUGGAAACGGGUCAUUAUACUGCCGCCUGUAAAAAUCCCUAUGAUCGUCAAUGGUAUAAAUUUGAUGAUCAACGGGUCACCAAAGUACCCAAUGAAAAUAUGCCCGAAGAAAUCAUUAAUAAUGAGGCUUAUAUGUUAUUCUAUCAAAGGAGAACAUCUGAAAAUGCUGAAUGUUCGGGUUCUAGUUCAAAUUCCAGUGAUCAUUGGGUAUCACGUAUAGCACCGCCACCAACAACGACGGCACAAUGCUCAAAUGUCCAAUCAGUUUUAAAUAAAUCCAAGGAGACUCUUAAAUCGGAAACGAAUGUGGACAAACCUUCUGAAGUGAGUGCCAAGGAAGAGAAAAUUGAGGUUGUUGUGGAAAAACAUCUUAGUCCUGAGAUACAGAGCAAUAAACCAUCGACUGCGGCAUCUACGGCAAAGGAUGAAAAGGAAUUUACUGAAAUCCCCACACCAUUGGAAGAAACAGUAAUCGGCAAUGCCUCUAAUUUGGAUGCUUUGGAGGAACUUUUGGAUUAUGCAGAUGCUGAGGUUAUACACGACAUCAACGAUCUAACUGAAGCUAUGGCCGAUAAUAAAGAUCUCACACCGGAAGAAAAUAAUGAAAUUUUCACCAUGGAUGAGGAUUGUAAAUUGGAUGAGGAAAUCAAAACAGACCCCUGCAAUCAUUCGACAGAUAAUGCUCAAGAAAAUAUCAAUGCCAACAACAAUGCUACAAAUUAUUUACAUACCAAUGGUCAUGGCAAGGAUAUCAAAUCUAAAUCUCCACUAUCUCUUAAAAAAUUAAAUGGCUUUGAGAAACAUCACAACAACAAUAACAAUAAAUCCAUAGCCAGCUCAAAUUCCUCAACAUCAUCCUCUUCUUCUGCAUCCCUGGCAUCAACACAAUCAUUAAACAAAGGUCAACAACAGGCAGAAACUGCCAAACUUAAAGAUAAUACCGCUGAUGAUGGCUUACAAACAAAAACCAAUGGCUUUUCAUCUUCGAACAUAGUUGCCACAUCCAAGGCCAUUUCGAAUUCGGCACCCAACGAUAAAGAACAUUUACUUUCGACAAGUUUAAAAAGUAAUAGCAGCAGUAUUAUUAGCUCCGCCUUAGCGGGACAUUUUCAAACGUAUCGCCAACCAUGGCAUGGUAGUCGUUCAAGUGUUUCGGCUGUCGAAAAUGCCAUAUAUCCGAGCAGUAGUAGUACUUCCACAGGCGGAGCAAAUAACACAACUCACCCUUCGUUGCAUUUGCGUCAUUCCUUUUCGACGGCAUCAAAUUAUCGUCUACGUGAAUGUAGUGAUACUUUGUCAUCGGUAUUGCGCAAUUCGGUGAAUACUUGCAGCAAGGAUACGCUAUUGUUUUUGGAUCAACAACAGCAUCACAACCACCAUCAUCACCACCACCAUCAUCAUCAUCACCGGCAUCAUCAUAGUCUAAUGGAGGAUGAUGAUGAUUCGUCAACAUUUAUGGGCAGUCGAUCGUUGUGGAUAUCACCGGUUACGCCCCACAAACUUAUAACAGUAUCGCCGAAAAAUUAAUAAAGAAA